AUGACAACCUACGAGAUUCCAAAGAUGCAGAAAGCUGCCGUUUUCGACGAACAUAACGGAAAACUUGACAUUCGAGACAUUCCAGUACCAGAACUUGGCCCCGAUGACAUCUUGGUAAAGAUCACCUACUCUGGAGUAUGUCACACUGACCUCCACGUUUGGCUUGGUGACUUCCCAUUGCAAACCAAGAAGCCACCACUAGUUGGAGGUCACGAAGGAGCUGGGAUUGUGGUCAAGUUGGGAUCGAAUGUCAGCAACUUCAAGCUGGGAGAUCGCGCUGGAGUCAAGGUAAUUCAUUCUUGCUUAUUUCAGAUGUUUGAAAAUGUCAUAUUUGAAGAAAUAUUGUUCUAGUGGAUCAAUUCGUCGUGCUUAUGCUGUGAACAAUGUAAAAUGGGCCAUGAGCCAAACUGUGAGAAACUAGUUCUCUCUGGAUUCCACCGUGAUGGAUCCUUCCAACAAUACGCUGCUGUUAAGGGUACUGAAGCUGCACCAAUUCCUGACAAUGUUGACAUGGCUUUGGUGGCUCCCAUCCUGUGUGCUGUAAGUUUUUUUUUUGCGUAAAAUCUUUUAAAACUCCUGUGUUUGGCUUAUUAGCGACUUUUUUUAGGGAUUGACUGCCUACAAAGCUCUUAAAGAAUCUAAUGUAAAGCCAGGAGAAACUGUUGUCAUCACCGGUGCUGGAGGAGGUUUGGGUACUCUAGCCAUUCAGUAUGCCAAGGCCAUGGGAAUGAGAGUUUUGGCUAUUGAGAACGGUGCCAAAGAAGACCAUUGCCGUGCUAUGGGAGCUGAUAUGUUCUUGGAUCCCUACAAGACCAGCGAUGUUCCAGCUGCCGUUCAACUACUAACUGAAGGAGGUCCUCAUGGAAUGUGCAACUUUGCUCCAACUACCAGAACCAUUGAAGACGCCAUCAAGUACAUCCGCUCUCAUGGUACUGUGGUUAUGGUUGCUUUGCCAAGAGAUUCUAAGGUUACUUUUGAAUCUUUCUUUGCUAUUAUUCGUACCAUUACCAUCAAGGGUUCUCACGUCGGUACCAGAAAGGAUAUGGAUGAGGCACUCCAGUUCUUCGCUAGAGGGCAGGUCAGAAUCCCGUGUGAAGUUGUGCCAUUGAAGGACCUUCCAAAGGUCUAUGAAAGAAUGCAAAACAACCAAAUCAACGGUCGUGUUGUGUUGGACCUGUGGAAGUAA